UUGAGAAAGGCAUGCAUGGAAAGAAGAUACAGGAAGUGUGAGGAACCCGGACACACUAUGAAAGGCCCACAGACCAAGUGGCAACAUCUCCAAACUUGUCAGCACAAGAGGGUCGACACCGUAGUCCUGCCCUCCACACUCCAUCACGAGAUCUACAAGGACGAGGCUGUUUUUCCUCUCGCACCACAUCGAGCUGUCAGGCCGGAGAGAGACGGACGGACCUGCGCAGGUGUCCCAGACCCUCACAUCAUCCUGAUAUUUCACAUCAUCAUCACGUCUCUGAGCACAGUCAUGUCUGUUUCUGGGCUUCCUGCAGCCGGGUGUGUUUGUGUCCUGAGCCUCUGCGUCCUGCUGCUCUCUUCGGCUCGCUGCGGUCCGGUUUCUCCUCGCUCCACUCCUGGGGUUGUGGAUGAAGUGGACAUGCAGGAGGUCCUGGGUCAGUUUCUGCAGGUGUUGAACUGGACUGAUCAAGGGCCCCGGCCGAGGCCCCGCUCCGAACCGCCUGAGUACAUGCUGGAACUGUACGAUCAAUUCACGAGCGACCGCAGCGCCGCGCCGUCAGCAAACAUCGUCAGGAGCUUCAGGAAUGAAGAACACGGCUCACACGGCGAGAGCCUUCGGACGCACCGUCUCCUCUUCAAUAUCUCUGUCCCGCGGCACGAGCGUGUGGUCAGCGCCGAGCUGCGGCUUCACAUGCGUCUCAAGACAGACUCGCAACAGCGCAGCGGAGCAGGGUGGAGGGUGAGCGUGUUCGAGGGACGCGUCCAGAGAGAUCCACUGGCGACAAAACACCUGCAUCGCAGGGAGAGCGGCUGGGAGGUGUUCGACUUGACCAACGCCGUCCAGCACUGGAGGAAGAUCAACACUGUGACCCCCAGCCUGGAGGUGCGUAUCAAAAACCUGCAAGCGUUUAGGAAUACGAACGACUGGCCAGUGCUAGAUCUGGACUUUGACAGGGAUCUGGAUGGAAAACACGAGCCUGCACUGAUCGUCUUCUCAGACGACUCGAGUGAAGUCCGUCAGGAAGGCCAGAGUGAACUCAAAAGGAAGGAGAACCAACUCUGGAGGGAUGAGAGCGAGGAUCAAGACGAGACGCACUCAAACCUGAGAGUCCGGCGCAGCGCUAAAACAGAGGACUGCAGGAAAGCCGAGAUGUACGUGGAUUUCAAAGACAUCGGCUGGGACUCGUUCAUCCUGGCUCCGUCGGGUUACCAUGCGUUCACCUGCCGCGGAGCGUGCAAUUAUCCUCUGGCUCGGGAAGUGACGCCCACCAAACACGCCAUCGUCCAGACGCUGCUCAAUCUGAAGAGUCCUCAGAGAGCGGCGCAGGCCUGCUGCGUCCCCACCGAGCUCAAGCCCAUCCCCCUGCUGUACGAGAACGAGAACGGCGUGGUGGUGUUGAAUAAUAAAUACGAGGGCAUGGUGGUGAAGGAAUGCGGAUGCAGAUAGAAACACCGGAAGAAAAGACUGAAACCACAUGUGAAUCCUCAUCAACUAAAACACACACGUGCUGCUUCAUGAACCAAACAUUCAGAAUCUUUGCGCUCCUAACAGCUUUUUAUUUAGGCCUCAUGUAUAUUUAUUAGUUGUACAUUAGUUUUUUAUUGUAAUAUACAACACACUGCUUUGGGGUGUUUAAUCAUUUGUCACUUAAAAUGAGAGAAAUUCAGACUAAACCUGCUGGAUUUGAGCUUUGCAUUUAAAAAAAAAAAAAAUUUUUAUACAUAGGGUGUUUUUGCCAUAGAAGAGUUAUUUUUAGUUCAGUCUCCACUUCUUUAAAGAAAUGUUUUUUUUUUU